UGUGUGUGUGUGUGUGUGUGUGUGUGUGUGUGUAGGACUGUGCUAAAGGUCAGAUGCCUGCAGGAUGGAGGUCUCCUUCUGUCUAUAAGCUGCAGUAUUCUCACCCUCUGUGUGAAAACAGCCGAGUCAUGGUGCUGGCAGUAACCAUGGGCCCUGAACUCGUCAUCAACGCCACUCUGAAGGUGGGGGAGAAAGUAGACACGGUCCCUAAGCUGUGUGUGAAGCCGGACGGAUUCCUCACCCCCCAGUGGAGAGGAGAAAGUGCAGCCGCUGCGUUCAAAGACCUGAGCAAACUGUCUCGUCUCUUCAAAGAUCAGAUUUCUUAUCCUCUGAUCGCUGCAGCUCGAGCAGCGAUGUCUCUCCCGGUGGUGUUCGGCCUCGCCGCUCUCCCCCCCGAGCUGCUGCUCAGAGUCCUCCGACUGCUCAACGUCCAAUCAGUGCUCAGCGUUUCCUCCACCUGCAAACACCUGAACAUCUGCUGCCAGGAUGUGUCGCUGUGGAGGCACCUGGCGCAAAGAGACCACACAGGUGAGACACUUUAAUAUCUCACCUGGUGCACAGAGACCACACAGGUGAGACACUUUAAUAUCUCACCUGGUGCACAGAGACCACACAGGUGAGACACUUUAAUAUCUCACCUGGUGCACAGAGACCUCACAGGUGAGACACUUUAAUAUCUCACCUGGUGCAGAGAGACCACACAGGUGAGACACUUUAAUAUCUCACCUGGUGCAGAGAGACCACACAGGUGAGACACUUUAAUAUCUCACCUGGUGCAGAGAGACCACACAGGUGAGACACUUUAAUAUCUCACCUGGUGCAGAGAGACCUCACAGGUGAGACACUUUAAUAUCUCACCUGGUGCACAGAGACCACACAGGUGAGACACUUUAAUAUCUCACCUGGUGCACAGAGACCUCACAGGUGAGACACUUUAAUAUCUCACCUGGUGCAGAGAGACCACACAGGUGAGACACUUUAAUAUCUCACCUGGUGCAGAGAGACCACACAGGUGAGACACUU